GAUUCCUCAGCAGCGCUCUGGGUGGAACCAGCCUGGUGUGUGGAGAGGGCUGGGAAGAAGGAGAGAAAGGGGGUGGUCGGGGAGAGAGAGCUGAGAUUUGAGCUCUUAGCAGCUAGUCUUCUCCUUGCUCCCUUGUGGCCUGCCCGUCUCCCCGGGCCCUGGUGACAUCUCACAGGCCCCAGUGCUGCCCUCGCUCCCUGCCCCGGGUUGUCCCCUCCCUUCCCGUCCACCCUCACCCCCGCGGCCCUGAUUGCUCCCCAGUCCGGACUCCCCCAUGUAUGACGACUCCUACGUGCCCGGGUUUGAGGACUCGGAGGCGGGUUCAGCAGAUUCCUAUACUAGCCGACCGUCUCUGGACUCAGACCUUUCCCUAGAGGAGGACAGGGAGAGUGCUCGUCGAGAGGUGGAGAGCCAGGCACAGCAGCAGCUGGAAAGAGCCAAGCACAAACCAGUGGCAUUUGCUGUGAGAACCAAUGUCAGUUACUGUGGGGUGUUGGAUGAGGAGUGCCCUGUCCAGGGCUCAGGGGUCAACUUUGAAGCCAGAGAUUUCCUGCAUAUCAAAGAGAAAUACAACAAUGAUUGGUGGAUUGGGAGACUAGUGAAGGAAGGUGGGGAUAUUGCCUUCAUCCCCAGCCCUCAGCGCCUGGAAACCAUACGCCUCAAGCAAGAACAAAAGGCUAGGAGAUCUGGGAACCUUCCUGGUGACAUUGGCAACCGUCGUUCUCCUCCCCCAUCUCUAGCCAAACAGAAGCAAAAACAGGCAGAACAUGUGCCCCCAUAUGAUGUGGUACCCUCCAUGCGACCUGUGGUGCUUGUGGGGCCUUCUUUGAAAGGCUAUGAGGUCACAGACAUGAUGCAGAAGGCACUCUUUGAUUUUCUAAAGCAUCGAUUCGAUGGCAGGAUCUCUAUCACUCGAGUUACAGCCGAUCUCUCUCUGGCAAAGAGAUCGGUGCUCAACAACCCAGGCAAGAGAACUAUAAUUGAACGCUCUACAGCUCGAUCCAGCAUUGCUGAGGUGCAGAGUGAGAUCGAGCGGAUCUUCGAGUUGGCCAAGUCUCUGCAGCUGGUAGUGCUGGAUGCCGACACCAUCAACCACCCUGCCCAGCUGACUAAGACCUCUCUGGCCCCCAUCAUCGUAUAUGUCAAAGUGUCCUCACCCAAGGUACUUCAUCGUCUGAUCCGAUCCCGGGGAAAGUCCCAGAUGAAACAUGUGAAUGUUCAGAUGAUGGCGUAUGACAAGCUGGUGCAAUGCCCACCAGAAUCUUUUGAUGUGAUCCUGGAUGAGAACCAAUUGGAAGAUGCCUGUGAGCACCUGGCUGAGUACUUGGAAGUGUAUUGGAGAGCUACUCACUAUCCAGCUCCAGGGCCUGGCCUACUGGGCCCACCCAGUGCUAUCCCCGACCUUCAGAACCAGCAGCUGCUGGGGGAGCAAGGAGGAGAGUGCUCACCCCCAGAGCGGGACAGCCUGAUGCCUUCAGAUGAGGCCAGUGAGAGCUCACACCAAGCUUGGACUGAAUCUUCUCAGCGCAGUUCUCACCACCUGGAGGAUGAAUACACUGAAGUCUAUCGAGAUCUGUAUCAGCCGCAUCGCCAGCACACCUCUGGGCUACCCAGUGCCAAUGGACAGGACCCUCAAGACCGGCUUCUGGCCCGGAGCUCAGAGCAUAAUUACAAUGAAAGGAACUGGCAACGCAAUCGGCCAUGGCCUAAGGAUAGCUAUUGAACUUCUUCCUGCCCUGCUCUGGUCUGUCCAAGGGAGCAGAGGGGGAAACGUAUGGAAUAGCAGGGCAAGAGCUUAUUGGCAGGUUGAAGUUAAGCUAGCCUUAGGCUGACAUUAGGCUUAGCCCCCUAAGUCCCCUUGCCUAGCCCUGGGCCCCAAUAUUCCAAGAGCUAUAGGUGGUCCUUUUACUUUGUGUUAAGAACCUCCAUGCUCUCCACUUUCUAAGUACUAGUUAUAUACAGUUCUAUAACCCUGGCACUCUCUCCUGCACAAGAAGCUGUCUUCUCUGGGCAGUACCCUCAAGUCCAAGAUUCCUGUAGAAAUGGCUCCAUUUCUUCCAGACUCAGGAAAGAGAUGUUCCCCCCUAAAGGUGACUGGGAGGUGAGGAGGAGAGCCAUGGCAAGGGGCAGUGUCAAGGUCCUGAAGAGAGUAAGGGUCCCUCCUAUUGCUCCAUCAGCCAAGGGAACCAAACUUUGAGGUCUUACAAGAUUUCUUUCAGUUCUGAAAUCACACAUAAGAAAGUUGACAAUCAUCCCAUAUCCACACCUAGAUUUUGCUUCUAUUCAUUCAUUCAGUGGUCAAGAUGUGUGUGCAGGGGAGAUAGGGAGGCUGAGAAAGAGGACAAAAUUGCCAAACUCUGUUGAGGAGAAAGGGACUUGAAAAUCUUAGGGCAAAGUAUUAAGGAGACAGCCGGGCCCUCAUAUUUUCUAGAAUUAUUCUGACCCGAGUGUUUACCCUUUAUAACUGGGAUUUAAUAUGAGCAAGAAAGCAGAGUCAAAAAGAAGUUGGUAGGAGUAGGUGCAUGGAGAAGGCCAAAUACCUCAGGGAGCACCUACAUCUGCUCGUGUAUUUAAUUUCUUCCUUAUCCUGUUACUACCAAUGAGGGUCACAGACCCCAAACUUUUCUUCUUGCUCAUAUACACAACUAUUUAAAUUAGGCUGGGGGAAAGAAAAGGAACAGAGGUAAGGAAUCUCUUCUAGCUUCUGGACACCCUACCUGCAUCCUCUCGUGUGGUUGUGUAGCUGAGCCCAUGCCCCCACAUGGCCAUGACCUUCACCCUGUUGUCAUCACCAAUAAAUGCCAUGUACUGCCCCACCACACCCCA